CCUCGUUACAGCCAGAGAUUACAGAGUGCGCGGGGAGAAUCAUCCAGCACAUCUCGAAGUGGCCGACUGGUACUUUUUUAACGCUCACAAUAACACAUGUGCGCAGAAGRAAGCAUUUUCUGGAUUUUGAUCUGAAGGGAAGAACAACAUAUUAUUUGUUGGAAUACUACUUUUCAACGUUAUUCUCGCUGUGAAAUUAAAGACUGAUCUGCGUUUUAUUUUUGGCAUUUCGUUGUCCUCGUGCUCAAUUGGACAUCAUUUUCAGAACCUGAAUUUGGAGUUUAUUUUUGGGGACGAGUAAUAAUGUUACUGUCCAAAUUUGGCUCAUUUUCACAUAUUUGCAGCACGUCCAACAUGGAUUUGCCAGUGAAAAUACAGCUUCAGCAAGUGAAGGUGGAGAAGGAGCCAUUCGAUAAAAUAUACCAAGUGGGAUCUGUACUAGGAAGCGGGGGAUUCGGUACGGUCUACGCCGGUAGUAGGAUUUCAGACUGUUUGCCGGUUGCUGUAAAACAUGUAGCUAAAGAGAGAGUUACGGAAUGGGGUACCCUUAAUGGUUCAUUGGUGCCUCUGGAGAUUCUGCUCUUGAAAAAGGUGGGAACCACUUUCCGAGGCGUUAUAAAGCUGAUUGAUUGGUACGAGCGACCCGAUGGCUGGUUAAUAAUCAUGGAACGACCGGAGACUGUCAAGGAUUUGUUUGACUAUAUAACCGAGAAAGGGGCUUUGGAGGAAGACACAGCGCGUGGAUUUUUCCGUCAGGUCUUGGAAGCGGUACGACAUUGCUACAAUUGUGGAGUGGUCCAUAGGGACAUCAAAGAUGAGAACCUGCUCGUGGAUCUACGUAGCGGAGAACUCAAGCUCAUUGACUUUGGUUCGGGGGCGAUUCUCAAGGACACCGUUUAUACAGACUUUGACGGCACGAGGGUAUACAGUCCGCCAGAGUGGAUCCGAUUCCAUAGGUAUCACGGUCGGUCUGCAACGGUCUGGUCACUUGGCGUGCUGCUGUAUGACAUGGUGUGUGGCGACAUACCCUUUGAACAAGACGAGGAGAUCCUCGGGGGAUGCCUGUUCUUCAGGAGGAAAGUAUCUACUGAGUGUCAGCAACUGAUCAAGUUGUGCCUCUGCCUCAGGCCCUCUGACAGACCCACACUGGAGCAGAUCUUUGACCACCAGUGGAUGCGUGUCCCAAUCGACGACUCAAAAACAGAGGGUUGUGACAUCACCCUGCAUGCAAUUAUCCCUGACUCCUCAUCAAGCACAAACUCAAGCAAAGAGAGCCUCUGAUUGGGCAACCUUGUUGUGUGAAGGGGACAUUUUUGCAGACUUGUGGGUCCUCAGUCUCGAAUAGAGCGAGUUAACAGGACUUUUCGUUGGCAACUAUAAUUUAAGGUUUUCCCUCUAACUCUGUCAUUGUUGUUUUGAGGAAAUGUUUCCUCACCUGGGAACUUGUCACUUGGGUGGUUUGACCAGCAUUCUUUUAUUUCAAGAUUUAAUUUUAGCUGGUUCAUGUUCUGUAACCCCCUUAUAUCAGAUCUCCUGGCUGCUCUUAUAGAGUAUGAACUCUGUUUUUGUAUUUUCGUUGAUUUGGAGUGCCUUUAUUUUUUUGCUGCUUUGGUGUGGCUGUAGUCAUAUGAAUCUUGUGUUGGGUUCUCUGUUGCUUGAGAAAUACCUAACCAGAGUAACCCCGUCUUGCUAAGAGCCAAUCCCAUGACAGGACCAUGUGACGCAGGAUCCCGCCCACCGACAUGGUGGAAUACUUGAAACGCACACUCAUCCACAACACAAACUUUCUGCUGCUCUUUCACUGUAAAUGCCUGCACAGCUGUGUGGAAAUGGGGUUUAUUAUCUGUUUCUCUGAAUGUGUACUGAAAGCAUCAAAACCUCUCUCAAUGGCUUCGUAGGGUUUCAUACACUUGCGUUUCUGUACCCCAUCUCUGCUGACACUACACAGCACCGGGCUUGGCUGGGACCUGUGUGUGAAAUGCACAAUCAAUGCAAUAUUCAUCGACUUUCUUUUCUUCUUACUAUUAGUAUGUAUAUUUAUGUACAUUCUCCCAUGUAAAAUUAUUUAUUUGUACUAGACAUUCCACACUGUGGCUAUUUAUUUAUUUUAUCAAUUCAUGGAAAUCCCAGAAAUAAAAUUCUACAUGGCCUU